UGUUCGUUGGUAUCAUCAGUUAGACUAGGAGGAGAAGCGGUUCUUCGCAUAGUCGUACGUUUUUGAAAUUACGCAGUGGCGUAAGGAUACUUACUUAAAAGCAGCUUGCUCGGAGUGAUAGACAUGGGAGUUGUCGGCGGAUGCGCCGACGGGCUUAAAAAUGGCAGCAACGGUGUUCGCCGCAAGCCCGUUGCGGGGCUUCUCCUUGUUCGGGAUGAUAGCGAUGGAACCCGUCCCAGCACUACGUGCUGAGACGAUGGGAGCAUUGUGUACCAGCAUGACGCCUCCGUUGGAAAAUGAUUCGGUCAAGGCCAGGACGCCGAGUCUGCUGGUAGAAAUCGACGAGCAGGUACACUUCAGUUUGUCUCUCUUCUACUAUGCUCGCUUAGAGAUUUGGGUGUAUUUUAAAGGAGUUUCUCACAGAGUGUUACUUGAUCAUUCCUUGAUCACUGCUACAAAUGUUGACUCACUCACGCUGAAAGCAAGCCAUAUGACAGACAGCUGUGAGGAAAUCGCCUGUUUGUUCGGUGGGGCAGUGGGGAUCAUGGACGACAGGAUCGAGGGAGGAAAUAUUGACGAAGCACUGUAUUCCAGACAACUUUACGUGUUGGGUCGAGAUGCCAUGUCUCGGAUGUCGGACGCGAAUGUAUUGGUAUCCGGUCUCGGCGGUCUAGGGGUAGAAAUUGCCAAGAACAUUAUUCUCGCAGGCGUCAGGUCGGUGACACUACACGACAACCGAGACGUUUGCUGGGACGAUUUGUCCACUCAGUUUUAUUUGAGCGCAGAUGACAUCGGGAAAAAUCGUGCUGAAGCAUGUAUCGAACAGCUGGGCGCGCUUAACAGCUACGUGCAUACUGAUUCGUAUAACGGCACGCUGACGGACGACUUCGUAUCAAUGUUCAAGGCGAGAGGGAAUUCAUUGACUGCAAUUACUGGCGUGCGAAUUGUUUCUGAUCCCCGCCUUUCUUCUCUUCAGGUGAUAGUGCUUACCGAUUCGACCGAGGACGAAAUUUGUCAGAUUUCUCGGGUGACACAUGCCUCUGGGAUUCCGCUCAUAGUCGGUCAAACUGCAGGCGUAUGCGGGCGUAUUUUCUGUGAUUUCGGAGCUAAUUUCGUCGUCCGUGAUCCAGAUGGCGAGGAGCCGCUCCGAAGCAUUGUCGCGACCAUUUCACAGGAACCUGAAGGGGUCGUAACUUGCGUGGAUGGAAAUAGACAUGGUCUGGUCGACGGUGAUUCCAUCCGUUUUUCCGAAGUCAGAGGAAUGGAGGAACUAAAUGGAAUGGACCACAUUGCUGUGAAAGUACUGGGUAAAGAAAAUACUGUUCAUUUCUCAGUCAAUAAGUUGAAUCUUCAAUUCCUUCGUGACGAUAGUCCCGAUUCCUUCAGCAUAUGUGACACGAGCGGGUUUUCCCCACACUUGGGCGGCGGGAUAAUCACGCAGGUGAAGAAGCCCAGAACCGUGGACUUCCUCGAGUACUCGGAAGCCCUAUCCGCCCCGGCGUACUUCGUUACAGAUUUCGCCAAGUUGGACCGGUCGGGUCAGCUGCACGUCGCAUUCGUCACCCUCUCCGCAUUCCGAGACGCGAACGAAGGCCGGCUGCCUGCUGCUUGGGAUGAAAGAGAUGCGGAGUCUUUUCUCAGCUUGGCGAAAGAUACAGCGAGGAGGAUAGGAUUUCAAGACGCUUUGAAUGAGGGUCUGUUGAGACUGUUCGCGUACACGGCUCGGGGGAUCACCGUCGGCAUUUGUUCCGUCAUCGGCAGCGUGAUAGCUCAAGAAGUCCUGAAAGCCAUCACAGGGAAAUUUUAUCCCAUCGAGCAGUUCCUCUACUUUGAUGCCUUCGAGUGUCUCCAAUCUCAGGAUCCUCCACCCGGAACAACGGCCUCAGCAGAGGCUCAACGGAUGAACAGUGAUGUCAAGAUCGAGACUCACACGGUUGCCGUUGGCAAGGAAACCGAAGACGAAUUUAAUGACGACUUCUAUGACUCGAUCGACUGCAUCGCAAAUGCCCUCGAUAACGUAAACGCAAGAGCGUAUAUGGAUGAGAUGGCUUUCAUAUAUUCGAAGCCACUCUUGGAUUCGGGCACGAUGGGAGCAAAGGGAAGUGUUCAAGUCGUGAUACCCCAUAUCAGCGAGAUGUACUCAGCUUCCAGUGAUCCCCCGGAAAAAGAGUUCCCGAUGUGCACAGUUAAGCAUUUCCCUCAUCGGAUAGAGCACACGCUUCAAUGGGCGCGGGAUUUAUUCGAGGACUGCUUCACGAACUCCGCCGAGAUUUCCUUGAGUUACCUGAAGGACCCAGAGGGAUUCAAGGAAAAUGCCCUGUCAAAAGACAAAGGAGAGAACGUCGUCGCCGUGAAAAGGUUUCUGGGAGAAGAAUUGCCCCGGACAUUUGAGGACUGUUUGAGAUGGGCUCGAAUGGAAUGGGAGACUCUCUUCAGAAACGAUGUCUUGCAGAUACUGCACAGUUUCCCUCCAGACGAAGAAAAAGCCGGACGACCUUUCUGGAUCCCUCCGAAGAGAUGCCCCAAACCGCUGGAAUUCGAUGUUCACGAUCCGAUGCAUCUAGAAUUCGUUUUUGCUGCCGCUAAUUUGAGAGCAGAGAUGUACGGAAUGCCACAAAAUCGAUCCCUAGCAGCGAUUGCCGAUGCCGUUUCAAUGAUAGAAGUUUCGGAGUUCGUUCCCGGGAAUGUGAAGAUUCCGGCAAAUGAUGAUGAAAUCGACGAUGUCCCGGUUUCAUCCAAAGAAGAACUAGACCAACUCAUGGCUGAAUUACCAGACCCUCAGCCACUUUCCUCUACCAUUAUCCGCCCGAUAAAUUUCGAGAAAGAUGACGACAGCAAUUUGCACUUGGACUUCAUCACAAGUGCUUCAAAUCUUCGCGCCGCCUGUUACAGCAUCGAACCGGUAGACAAACUGAAGAGCAAACUGAUCGCUGGCCGCAUCAUUCCCGCAAUUGCGACGACGACAUCUUUGGUCGCUGGCCUGGUGAGCCUCGAGCUGAUUAAACUGGUGCAAGGGCAUCAAUCAGCUGAAAAAUUCAAGAAUGCCUACGUGAACCUAGCAACGCCCUUCUUUGGGUUUACCGAGCCUGUUGAACCAAGAAAAAUGAAGUUCAAAGAACAUGAAUGGGACGCCUGGAGCAUGAUCGAUAUUGACGGAGAUGUUACGAUCGAUCAGCUCAUUCAGCAUGUCAAAGACAAGUAUGGCGUCGUGUUGGACUUCAUUAAUUACGAAACAGCUAUUUUGUACGCCGAAUUCUUUGCGACGGAUAAACUGGAGCAAAGGAAGGCUAUGAGAAUAUCAGAAGCCAUCACGACAGUCACGAAGAAACCGCUCCCUCACACGAAACACCUCAUUUUGCGGGUCUCGGGAUACGAUGAAAAUGAUCCGGAUGAAAGCCUAGAUCUACCAGUGGUCCGCUGCAACUUACCUAAAUGAAUUCUUCUGGACAUGGAAAUCAUUUGCGACGAGCUACAGUCGAUCAUCACGAAUGUCUGUUUGUCUUGAUUCACUGAAUCUGGCGGAUUGUCUUUUUUCGGGUUGAAAUUUAGUUGAUGUUUCUUCCAAUGCCUAUAUUGCAAGCCUUGAUGAAAUUGUGUCACAUCUCACGUGAACCGUUAUGCUGUAGGCAGACCAUCAUUGCGACGCUGUUGAUCAUCAUAGCUCAUGAUGAUGGAUUCACGAAAAAUGAAAGAAGUAUUUACCAAAGAA